AUGGCGUGGGAUGCCGGCACGAUGGGCAGGGCAGUGCAGGUGUUCGCCUCGUCUCCCCCACCAAAUGCUCGCUUCUUCUCAUCCGGGCAACGCUCCCACAGAAUUGCACCGGCGACGCAGUUGGCCAGAGCUCCCCAGCGUAGCAUCACUGGAGCAUAUGUCGAGAAGAGUUUAGAGGUAGGAGAAAACGCAGUAAGCUUGACAGACAACAUGCCGGAAUUAGUGAGCAGCACGCAUCAGAGGAAAGCAAGAGAGGCUGCAGUGAGGCCAUCUCAACCAGGAUCAUCUCAGCUUCCAAGAUGGAAUAUCGUCUGGGAGCACAUCAGGAGAGGAUUGCAUUUUAUUGGAAGGAAUUUCUCCAUUUUUAUGGAUGAACAGCUGGCUGCUCCUGUUGGUUUCAACAUCACUUCUCCUGAUAUGCUUAACUCUCUAAUUGAGAUGGGCCUGGAGGUUCCUAUUAGACAGACCGACGUCGAAAGAAUACUUCAUCUCCAGGAAAUGGAAUUGAAAAGAGAAUAUGGGAUGAACUCUUGCGGGAGAAAGGCAUAUAUGGCAGAAGGAUUAGGGGAUACACAUGACUGGAAUGAGAUUAUGGAUUUCCAGAGGAAAAAUGGAUCAUUGUUCAACCCCCCUUCCACAACUGCUGCGGCAUUAGUCCACAAUUACGAAGCUAAAGCUCACCGAUACUUAUAUUUGCUGAACAAAUUCGGCACGGCAGAGUAUCCGAAAAAUAUACAUUGCCAACUUUCCAUGGUGGAUGCGCUUGAAAAUAUUGGAAUAUCUCGGCAUUUUGAUGGUGAGAUUAAGAGUAUACUGGACAUGACAUACAGUUGUUGGUUACAGAGAGAUGAGGAAAUUAUGCUGGACAUUACAACAUGUGCAAUGGCAUUUCGUAUUCUUCGGAUGAAUGGAUAUGAUGUUUCUUCUGAUGAUCUGUGUCAUAUUGCUGAAGCCUCUUAUUUCCAUAAUUCACCUCAAGGAUACUUGGGUGACACAAGAACAUUACUAGAACUAUACAAGGCUUCAGAAAUCAGUGUAGAAGACAAUGAGUUUAUCCUAGAUAGAAUAGGCGCUUGGUCAGGUCACUUACUGAAGGAACAGCUUAGCUCUGGUGCGUUGGAAAGAACUCAAUCAAUAUUUGCAGAGGUGGAACAUGCUCUUGACUGUCCUUUCUACGCAACAUUGGAUCGUCUAGUUCACAAAAGGAACAUCGAAAAUUUUGUUACGAUGAGCUAUCAUAUGCUCAAAACAACAUACCUGCCUUGUCAAACGGCUCGAGAUCUUGUAGCUUUGGGUGUCAGAAAUUUCAGUACCACUCAAUCUAUUUACCAGGACGAACUCAAGCAUAUAGACAGUUGGGUGAAAGAGAACAGACUUCAUAAGCUGAAAUUUGCACGGCAGAAAUCGGCUUAUUUCUACCUCUCUGCUGCUGGCACAAUUUUUGAUCCAGAAAUGUCUGAUCCUCGCAUUUGGUGGGCUAUAAACGGUGUGCUUACAACUGUGGUCGAUGACUUCUUCGAUGUUGGAGGAUCAAGAGAAGAAUUGGAAAACCUCAUAUCAUUAGUAGAGAUGUGGGAUGAGCAUCAGAAAAUGAAGUUCUACUCUGAACAAGUAGAGAUUGUAUUUUUUGCAAUCUACAAUUCAGUUAAACAGCUGGGAGCAAAAGCUUCUGCUGUACAAGGCCGUGAAGUGACCAAACACCUAAUAGAAAUAUGGGUAGAUUUGCUCAGGUCCAUGAUGACCGAGGUAGAAUGGCGGAUUAGCAACUACAUCCCUACAUCAGAGGAGUACAUGACAAAUGCGGCCGUGACAUUUGCACUUGGUCCAAUUGUGCUCCCGGCACUGUAUCUUGUCGGACCAAAGAUCCCUGAAUCUGUUGUCAGAGAUUCAGAGUACAACGAAUUGUUCAGACUAAUGAGCACAUGUGGUCGUCUCCUGAAUGAUGUUCAGACAUACGAGAGAGAGGAGGGCCAGGGCAAGGUGAACAGCGUCUCGCUGCUCGUACUUGAGAGCGGCGGCUCUGUGUCCAUCGAGGAGGCUCGAGGAGAGAUCCGGAAGCCCAUCGAGCGAUGCAGGAGGGAGCUGCUGCGCAUGGUGCUCAGGAGAGGGAGCGCCAUCGCCGCGCCAUGCAGGGAGCUGUUCUGGAAGAUGUGCAAGGUCUGCUACUUCUUCUACUCCCGCGGCGACGGGUUCAGCUCGCCGACGUCGAAGGUCGCGGCCGUGAACGCCGUCGUACACGAGCCGCUCGACCUCGCCAGCUGAUCGGAGGACGGACGCCACGACUCUCCGGCCGCGGUGCAAAAAAAAAAAGCAGUAACUAUAAUUUUGUGGUAGAUAUGCCAUUCUGUUAUAUACCUUUAACUUUAUAAAAUUAUAAU